ACUUCUCUUUGCCAUUUUUAUGAAAAACUCUCUCUCUCUUUUCUCGCUCUAUCGAUAUUUACGAAUUACGGCUUCGCUUUGUUUUGAUCUUCAAAAGCUAGGGUUUGGCUCAAUCUCUCUAGUUCGCUCCAAAAAUAAACUUGAAAAAGCCUUCCGUCUCGAAUCUCUCGAUUCAAUUUUAGGGUUUACAGAUCUGUUCGGCUGUUAAUAUCUGAUUCAAAUAUGUUUUGGAAGCUUCCAGUUCUUUCGUCUUGUUCUCCGGUCGAAGCAGUGCUAGACAAGGAAAAUUUCACUUUGGAAGAGCUUCUUGAUGAAGAAGAAAUAAUCCAAGAGUGCAAAGCUUUGAACAGUCGUCUCAUAAAUUUUUUGAGGGAGAGAACACAGGUUGAGCAGUUACUGCACUACAUUGUUGAAGAGCCUUCUGAGGAUGCUGAUAGCAAACGAACAUUUAAGUUCCCAUUCAUUGCCUGUGAGAUAUUUACCUGUGAAAUUGAUGUCAUCCUUAAGACUUUAGUGGAUGACGAAGAGCUAAUGAAUUUGCUCUUUUCCUUUUUGGAACCAAUUCGUCCCCAUAGCGCCUUGCUUGCUGGGUAUUUUAGUAAGGUGGUGAUAUGCCUUAUGGUGCGGAAGACCGCUGCACUUAUGAAUUAUGUUCAGGCCCAUCAUAAUGUUUUCCAACAGAUGGUGGAUUUGAUUGGUAUCACAUCCAUAAUGGAGGUUUUGGUGCGACUUGUAGGAGCUGAUGACCAUAUGUACCCCACUACUAUGGAUGUGAUGCAAUGGUUGACAGAGAGCAAUUUAUUAGAAAUGAUAGUGGACAAAUUGAGCCCCUCUAGUUCUCCCGAAGUACAUGCUAAUGCAGCAGAAUCACUAUGUGCAAUAACCAGAAACACACCAUCCCCUUUGGCCACCAAACUAUCAAGCCCAAGUUUUGUAGCCAGGAUAUUUGGUCAUGCCCUUGAAGACUCACAUUCCAAGUCUUCCCUUGUCCAUUCGUUGUCUGUCUGCAUCUCUUUGCUGGAUCCAAAAAGAUCCAUUCCCUCAUCUAUGAUGUAUUCUUUCCGGAACCAGCAGAUUUAUGAGUCUCCCGUGCAUGUCAAUCCGGACACUAUCAAUGCAAUGCUUCCUAAACUUAGUGGUUUGCUUGAGCUGUUGAAUGUGUCGUCUGAUGAGAAGGUUCUGCCAACAACAUAUGGAGAACUCAGGCCGCCUCUAGGAAAGCAUCGGUUAAAGAUAGUGGAAUUCAUUUCUGUGCUACUGAAGACUGGUAAUGCAGUUGCAGAGAAAGAAUUGAUCAGCUCUGGGACAAUUGAGAGGGUCCUGAAUCUCUUUUUUGAGUACCCCUAUAACAAUGCAUUACAUCAUCAUGUGGAGAGUAUAAUAUACUCAUGCUUAGAAAGUAAGACCAACACAAUUGUUGACCAUCUUUUUGAAGAGUGCAAUUUGAUUGGGAAAAUUAUUCAAACAGAUAAACAGCCUACUGUUUCUGGUGAUGGAAAUCAGCCCACCUUACCGGCUACUGGAAAACAAGCACCCCGAGUAGGUAACAUAGGGCAUAUAACUAGGAUUUCUAACAAACUCAUUCAGUUGGGAAACAACGACAACUGCAUUCGAGCACAUCUUGAGAAGAAUAUGGAAUUUAGUGAUUGGCAGACCACUGUCUUACAGGAGCGUAAUACAUUAGAAAAUGUCUACCGCUGGGCUUGUGGCCGACCAACUGCAUUGCACGACAGAACGAGGGAGAGCGAUGAGGAAGACGUUCAUGACAGAGAUUAUGAUGUAGCAGCUUUAGCGAAUAAUCUGAGUCAAGCAUUCCGCUACACCAUAUAUGAUAAUGAUGAUGCUGAAGAGGGGCGUGGAGCUCUUGAUCGAGAUGAUGAGGAUGUUUAUUUUGAUGACGAGUCUGCUGAAGUUGUGAUAUCAUCCCUGAGGUUGGCAGAUGAUCAGGGGAGCAGUUUGUUCACAAAUUCAAACUGGUUUGCAUUCCAAGAUGAUAGAAUUGGUGACGGUUCUAUGAGCACCUCACCUGCUGAUGUGAUGGAGGACAUUAACCUCAAUGGAACGUCAAAUAGUAGCAACAGCAAUAGUGAUGAUGAAGUGGUAGUUGGAGAGGAGGAUGAAUUGGCUGAGAGCAAAAAUUCUAAUGCAACCACCAACUCUAGUUCAAACCCCAUUAAUGGGUUCAGCAUAGCCAAUUCCGGUAAUAAUGGAGAUUUCAAUCAACAGAAUGAGAAAGCAGGCGCUGCAACUGACAUGACGUUCGAGACAUCAGGGAGUGAUGACCCCUUUGGAGACAGGUCUAUGCCCGAAUGGGUAGCAUGGGGGGAUGCCUCAAAUUUUCAAGUUGGUGGAUCCACCGUCAACCCAUUUGUAGACCAUAGUAAUUCUGCUGACCAUCUUGCCAACCCAGGGGAAAUAGGAGCUCCACCACUUAAUUCCACUACUAGUUGUAGUGGAGAAUCCAUUCCAAAUGGUGUCUCAGAAUCCAUUCUAAAUGGUGUCUCAUCUCCUGAUUCUAGCAAAAGUUCAGGAUCUGAUUCUAGUCAGAAAGCAACCACGGUUCCUUCUUUGUUUGAAGAGGAUGUUGAAUUUGUCGGCGUGGAAUUGGAGGGUACUGAGAAGGCGAUGGAACAUGCCCUUAAAGAGGGGAUUGUUGGCGAAGCCGCUCCAUUGAAAAGGAGCAUUGUUCCUAAGGUACCGGAAAAGGAGAGCACAGAUGAUGGCGGGGCAGGAACAAAAGAGUACAACGAUGCAAACUACUGGAGAGUUGACCAAGAAGUUGCAGUGUCGGAAUAACUGCGGAGAUCUAUUCAUUGGUUAUUUAAACCUGGAAUCCAGAGCUAAUAGCCAGGAUCCCCAACAAUCUAUUGGUGAGUUUAUGCAGCAGAUGUGUACAGUGUACUUUGAUUACAAUUGGGAUCAAACAAUAGGCUAAUGUAAGAUUUGUCACCAAUUAAUUAUUGUUACUCUUAUUUAUGUUUAUUUUUCAGGUUAUGAUUUCAUUGUAAAAAAAUUUUGGUUUCUUGUCUGACUUUCUCAUCUUUCUGUAGUUGUAUGGAUUCCGGAGUAAUCUCAGUUCUCCAUCCCAUUAAGAGCAGGCGUAAACGCUGCCUUGUUGAGAACAAUGUAAAUUACUCUA